AUUACAGAGAACCGCCUUAUCAAAGCUAGUGAAUACCUGUCAGGUGAUGGAAUUUUAGUACUUUUUUAAAAAGUCAAACUGAAAUAGAAUAUGAAGCAAUGGCAAGGAAAUAUAUUAUAUUCUAUCGUAUUUUUUCAAUAAAGAAUAUUUUAAUAAUAACUGCACUAGGAGGAUUAUUCUUUUUUUUAAAUAGCUUCAAAAUCUCAUCAAUUGCCGAUAAACUAAAUGAUACUUUAAGAGAAACAACCAAAAAUCAGAAACAAUAUUGGAUCCUAUCGAAAAGCCAUACAUGUAUUGAGGCUGCGGAAUUCGUUCCGAGAAAUUGGUACUUAAGUAUUGAAAAGAGUAAUGGAAUUUUUAACUGUGAAAUAGAUAAAUCGUACAAGAAUGAUUUCGAAUAUUUAGAAGAUGUUCUAAGAAAUGGCGGUGAACAGAUCGUUGUCGUUGGAUCUCAUUCUUCCAUGUUCACUAACCAUUUGAGUAGUUCUACACUUAUUAUUCCAAAUAGAACAACCUAUGAAGGAUAUGUUUGUAAGGAAGCACCUCAUUCAAUAACUAUAGAAUCGGAUGCGUUUCAUAUGAAAGAUUGGAAUAUCCCUUUUCAUAUUUUACAAGAGACUUUAAAAUUUUCACCUUUAACAAAUGUUAUAUUUAAAAGAAAUGCUUUUUGGUUAUUUCCCCUUUGGAAGGAUAGAAGGAAUUUGGGACAAGCACUUGGUCUGUUGAAUUCGUAUAGUUUCGUAAGAACUGUAUAUAAUGAACACCUUAAAAAAUCGGAUGAAAAACUCAACUCAAUAAAAAUCCGCUGCAUAAAUGAAACCUUAAAAAAUUGUCUGAAAAGUUUACCUAAAACUGAGAUACUUGAAGAAACAAUACGAAUUUUAGAUAAACAGUCGUAUAAGUGGCCUUUUGCAUUUUUACAGUAUGAUUCUUACUAUAAGAAAUGUUCAAGAGUAUUUUGGAAAGAGAGAGGAGAAAGACAAAUGAAGGAUGAGAAUUGUCAGGAAGUAAAGAUAAAAGAUCGUCUCUUACGACAAACGAAAAGCAUUGAAGAUGUUUUUUUAUUAGUUGUAUUUAAUAAUCCAUUCUAUAAUAAUAUACCAUAUAUAAACUCUCUCUAUGGAAAAAUAUUCAAAUAUAUGGCGUACUGCGGACCACAUUCUGCUCCAAUCCUUUAUGGUGGAAUUUUUAUUCAAUAUCAGAACGUUCAAGAUCAUGUAGCUGGUGCCUUCAGUUACAUUUGUUCUAAUAUUCUUUUAUCAUUAGACCAUAAACAUACUAAUGGCUUAAUUGUUAUAUCUGAUGAUAUGUUGUUCAAUGUUCAUAGUAUAUCCGAUUUGCCCAGAACGAAAAUAUGGUUAUCUCCAUCGAAAAUUGGCAAUAUAAAAAUUGGAAAGGAAUGCCGUCUGGGAAUGUGCGACUUUUAUACGUCGUGGACGUGGUGGACUGUCUAUAGAACAGAGACAAUUAAUUCAUUAGAAGCUUUAUUAAAAUCGAAGAAACGAACUUUACGGGCAUGCGCAGAAAACAUAAAAAUUUUAACUGGAGAUUUAUAUCAUGUUUAUGGAGGUUAUUCAGAUUUCUUUUAUAUACCUUCUACAUAUAAUGAGAAUUUUAUUAUUUUAACAAACCAUUUCCUGAAAUAUAACGUAUUUGUUGAAUUGGCAAUACCAAUUACAUUACACUGCUUAGACGUAUCAAAAGAAGCCAUAGAAACUAUUGAAGGACUAGCCGAUUGGACGGAAAAUAGAGAUUUUCCUUGGAAUCAUCUCCAUAAAUUCGAUAUCCUUAUGUAUUUGCAUCCUGUUAAAUUGAGUUUAAUGGUUAAAGAGUUAGUCGUAUACUUGAUCUCUAAGGACCUCAUAACACAAGAAAAGUCUGAAGUUAAUGACCUGAAAGUAGUAGAUAAAACAAGAACCAAUUGGAUAGUGUUAGAUGACUAUUUUUGUCAUGAGGUUGAACAAGUUAUACCCAAAAGUUGGAUCUUGAAUGUGAGAAUAAAAAGUAAAAUAUACAGUUGCGAGAAGGAUAAAACGUAUCAGGAUGAUUUGGAAUUUCUGGAGGAUGUUGUUUUAAGUGGUGGAGAAAAAAUUGCCCUUUUUAAAUCGCUUCCAACAGACUUUUCUAAAUGGACACAAUCUUCUACACUUAUUAUACAUGAUGCAACCACAAAUAAAGGUGAGGUGUGUAUGAAGACACCUCAUUCCCUGACUGUUGAAACAGUGGACUUUCCAAUGAAUGACUGGGAUAGUCCCUUUCACGUUAAGAAUAGGCUAAUAAAAAUUCCAGUUGCAGCUGAUAUUCUUUUCAAUAGUGAUUCAUUUUGGCUUUUUCCUUUGAUGGACAAUAUACCCUUAUUUAGGAAAGCGCUUGGACUUUUGAAUUCUCAUACAAUUAUAAGAACAAUUGAUAACAGGGAUUAUUUAGGUUUGAAAAGUAUACCACCUUCGAUGAGAAUUGACUGCAGCAGUAAAACUAUUUUUGAAUGUUUGAAAAGUUUUGAAUCGUCGGAUUUACUUUCAAGAACUUUAAAUACAUUACAAAAAUUACGAUAUCAUUGGCCAACAUCGUUACCAGAAGAUAGAGAAACGAAAAGUUGUUACACUGUUAUUUGGAAGGAUGAAGGUGAGAAACCGAUGGCGGAACCGAAUUGUCACGAAGUGAAUUUACAUGCCCCACUAACUGGCCAGAUGCCGAUGAGAGAUGAUGUAUUGUUAAUGAUAGUUUAUAAUCAUCCUCUCUAUAAAAGUUUGCCGUACGUAAAUUCUCUAUAUGGAAAAUUGUUCAAGUAUAUCGCUUAUUGUGGGCCUAAUGAACUUCCCGAAAAUUUCAAGAACUUUUUUGUCAGAUAUAUUAACUAUAAAGGUCAUAUAACUGGGGGUUUUGGGCAAACUUGUACAAGUGUAUUAUUAUCUCUACGCCAUAGACAUACAAGAGGCCUAUUAAUUAUAUCUGACGAUAUGCUAUUGAACGUUCAUAGGCUAUCACAAGCUUCUCUUUUUCAUGUUUGGGUAAAGGGUGCUUAUAAGAGAGAUAUUAGAAAGAUAGAUAACGAAAGAACUUGGUUACAAUGGAAAAAGUAUAAAAAUGAUAUUAAAAUGGCAUUGGGUGAUUUGUAUACAUCAAGUGAUGUUCAUUUAAGGCAAUGCGGACAAAGAUUGGAAAACAUUGGUGGAACUCGUUAUACAGUUAGUGGAGGUUACAGCGAUAUAUAUUAUAUACCUUAUUCUCUUUCUAAUGAAUUUGUAAAGUUAAAUAAUCAUUUCCUGGAUUAUCAGAUUCCAUUUGAAAUAUCUGUACCAACUGUUAUACUCUGUAUGUCUAAGAAGCAGCCGCUAAAGAAUGUUGAUUUAAGACCUUCGAAUAGGAAUAAGCAAUGGGAAACAAUACAUAAAUUUCACCAAGUUAUUUAUAUUCAUCCAGUUAAGUGGGGAUUAAUGAGGCGAGAGAGAUCCGAUUAUCGUCAAUGGCAAAGUCUCUAUUGUAGAUCUAAAGCCUUUAUAAAUGAUAUAUCUGGAAAUAAGGAACUUCUUAUUGAAUAA